AGAGCCCGCGUUCGGUCGCAGCCACGCCGAACCGGCUUUUAGGUUAGAAUUGGCGCGUCGUAUCGCCAGGUGUUAUUUACUCCCCCGCUCUAACUUGCCGUACGCCGUAUAGUCUUUCUCACCUGCCCUACCUGCGGACAACAGCUGUUUUCUCUCGAGAGAUUAGUCAGAUGUUUCUUGGCAACCAGUUGAAGCUCACCUGACUCGUUCGUUAGACAUGGCUGCUGGAGGACGAACACCUAAACAGAGGAGAUUCGAGAUAUCUGCUGGAAUGGCAGCCUUAAGAAAUGUAUCUAAUACACCAAGGAGGCGACGCGGAAGCUGCAAGUGCUUAUUCGGUGCGCCUGACAGAGAUGAAACGAGGCGAUUAAUGGCAGAACAAUAUGCAAGAGACAAGAAGCGUUUCAUUAGAAGGUUUAAUUUUGACAUAGAAUCAGAGUGUGCUUAUAAAGCAGUGAAAUUGGAUUCUCCUGUUAAGUUCCUCGAGGAAGAUAAAGAAAAUUCAAAUAGCCCCGUGAGGAAUGGAACUGAAGCAUUGGCAUGUGUGGAAAACACUGACUUGAGGGUUUUGGGGUCACCAUCUAGAAGGUCGACAAGCAAUAGUAGUUCACCGCGAACCCCUCGAACACCUCGCACUCCGCGGGCAUCUCGUACACCAAGAACUCCACGAACGCCUGCUUCUAGACGACAGCUCCAAAUGACAGAUUACUGGACGCUAAGGAAGCAUGCCGAUUCUUCAUCAAGCGAUAAAGAAAAUUAGAAGAAUGAUAUAAAACGCAUGAUUAAUUAUAAUUUUCUUACAAAUCAAUCAAAUAUUUAUUAGAAUUAUUUUCAUUCAACUAACAUUGUGUUCCUACGUUUAAAUGAUUUUAAGGUUUUUUUUAUUUAUCUUUCGGGGCUUAGAGGCUAAAAAGUCUUAAUUUUUUUUCUAAAAAAACUAAAUUAACGAAAUUUCAUAAAUGAUAUAACUUUUGAAUUAAUCUGAGUUAUGUAUUAUCUCCUUCCCUAUCAAUUAGCUAUUUCACGAAUAGUUAGACUAAUAAUUAUUGUUUUAAUCGAGCAAUAUUCUUUUUUUCUUAAAUUGUAACCAAAAAAUAUGAAACAAAUUAAGUGUGUGUAUCCUAUAUUUUGUUACCAUACAUUACAGACUUAGGGAUAUCAGUUAUAAUUGUAUUGUGUCUCAACGGUCCUAAGUACGUGCUUCAACGCGGAGUUACUCAUAUACAUUAAUUCAAUAGUCAUUCAAUAUACAUACAUAUGUAAAAUAAUAAUGUGCACAUCCAAAAAGGUAAUAAGUCAACGUAAUAUUUCCCGCGGUUUUCGCGGUUCCCAGACAUAAAACUAAAGCUAUUUUUAACAUUUUAAAUUCGCAGUUGAUACUAUACGUCGUAUCGUUUCUGGUGUUUUGAAUACUUUAACUUUUCGCUGUCGCUUAUUUAGUAAUUUUACAGGUAAUUUGACGGUAGUCGCACAAAAUCUCAACGAAUAGCUUCCCUGUGAAAAUUAAAAAGCAUUCGAUACUUCUAAAGAGAGAGAGAGAGAGAGAGAAAAAAUUGCUAAUUUAAUGCCCGGUAAAAAUAGUUUUAAUCGCAUCAAUUUUAAAGAGCCAAUGAAGUUCGAAUAGAAAUCUUCAAUUAUUGCGGGAUUCGCAUUUUCUUCACUUAAAAUGAAGUUUGAAGAAGAUAUUUCAUUCUGUUAAUAACUCGAGUUAAUGCUUUAGGUUUUAAGUCAUUGAAACGACGUACGUGCCUAUAUAUAAAUAGCAUGCUACUAUGCAGAUUUUCUUCGAUGUAAAUAGAAGAUUAAGGUAUUCAAAAUCUCUUCUGGGUUCACGUCGAAAAACAAUUGAAUAUGUAAUUUCGAAAAUGGCACAUCUCUG